AUGGGCGGCGGGGGCGGCCAUGGUCUGGGGGGUACGGUCGGGUACCAGGUUACGACUGAGGGAUCGGGCCUCAUCCGCGCGGCAUCCACCGGCAGCGGCGGGGCUGCGGCUAGUGCGUUCGCGGCAGCCGCAGACCGCGCCGCCGCGCUCGCGCCGUCGAAGGCCGCGGCGGCGGCGGCGGCGCCAGGCGAGCACUCGAGUGACUCUGAGCAGCACCACGAGUGCCAGUUCAGCAUAAUCCGGCACCGCCACUACCACCAGCACCAGUGGUCCGGUCGCCACCAGCAGCAGCAGCAGCAGCAGCAGCAGCAGCAGUCGUGGCAGCACUAUCAGCAGCACCACCAAGAGCAGCAGCCCUGGCACGCCACCGCCCCCCCGCAGCCCGCCGCGCCCGCGCCGGCGCCCACGCCCGCGGCGCCCCGACUGCCGCCGAUGCAGGGCCACUCGCGCGGCGUCAUAGGCUGGUACGGCGCCGCGGUCGCCCGCCUGGCGGCCCUCGUGCAGGCCGCGGACGCGCAGGGUCGCAGCCUGGGAGCCGCGGCGGCGGGCCGCGACGUGGCCGCGGCGGUGGAGGAGUUGCUGGAGGGGCUGUCCGGAUUGGCCCUGCGUAACCGGACCGCCGCCUGCGCCCUGUUCUGCACAAACCUGGCGACGGCCGCCCUGGCCGCGCCCUCUGACGCGCACUGGCGCUCUGUGCUGGCGCAGCUCGGGCUCAGCCCGGCGCAGCGCGCGGCUGCGCUCGGCUGCUACGCUAUCUACCGAGACGGCCGCGCCGCGGCGCGGUCUGAGAGGAGGGCGCUGGCGCAGGAGCUGGAGCGGGCCCUGGCCUCCGGCGACGCUCGCGCCUACGCCGACGGCCGCCUCCCCUUGCGCCUCGCGGCCGCCCUGUCGUCGGAGCAGUCCGCGCUCGCGUCGCUCGCGCUCGCGCUGCAGUCCGUCAUGAGCGCGACGCAGUCCGCGCGGUGGGCGGUCUACUCCUGGCCGUUCUUCCCGUCGCCGGUCGACCUUUUGGCGGCCAUGGAAGAGGAGGCAGGCGGCCUAGGCGCCGCUGCGCCGGCGGCGCUGCGGACGUAG